AUGGGUUCCAAAAUAUUAACAUUUUCUUCGAUUGCCUUGUUUGUCAUUUCACUUGUUUUGUUGACCGUUGGUUUUUCAUGUAUGAUCAUACCAUCGAUCAUCGUUGUGAUGACCUAUUGGUACAAGACCACAUCAUUUCAGAAUAGUGACAUCCAAUUUUAUAUCAAAUACAACAAGGAAAAAGUGGUAAAUAAUGAAGAAGACUAUAGCUCCACUCAAGAUUGGUACGACCAAGACAACAGAAAGAAUGAAAAGAAAACCUACAAUAUUGCCCUCGCCUUUGAUGUCUUGGCUUGGAUCGUUACCAUUCUAGUGAUUGGUCUUUUACUCGUGUCACUCAAAGUUUCCAACAAAUUGGUCAAAUUCCUUACUAUUGGUCUCAGUAUCCUCUCUUUGAUUUUCAUCAUCAUCUCGUUUGGUUCUUUUACCCGAUUACCAAAUGCUCUCCUCCAAGAUGUCAAGGACCAAGGUUUUUCUGGUUGCGCCGAUAAAGAUUAUUGUUCAAAAUUCCUUAAUGGAAAACACAAUGGCCCAUCAGUUGGAUGGAGUGUAGUUGUUGCAUCUAUGCUUUUUACCUUUGGAGGUAUCAUUUUAUCAACUUUUACUCUACUCAAAUAUUAA